UUCUGAAUAAAGAAAACCUAACGGUGAAAAUAAAGAAAACCUAACGGUGAACCAGCCUGCUCCAUGGGCCCUGCUCCCUCCCUCUCAGCUUCUUCAAUUGAAACUCUGUGUUUGUGUUGAGCUUUGCUGAUUAAUUCCUGAAUUCUGGUUCUGGAGUAUUUGUUGACUUUUUCUGAUAAAGUUUUGAACUUUAUGGAUGAUCAAGCAAUUUUCUCACUGCCCUUUAUUUGUUUGUUGUUGGGUUUUAAGGUAAUUUGAAUACCAUUGUGAAGCAUUUCAAGAAUAUGUAUUGGGGUUCUUGUAAUUGCGAUAUAGCUGCUGACAUUUUGUAUAUAUAGAUUUAUAGUUUUGUAGUGUUAUGAGUUCCUUACACAUUUAGAAAGCUGGAACUUUUUAAGAGUUCAAGUGUUUGAUUGGGAUUAUGUAUCUUGUAUGACGGAAGUCGUUCCUUGUAAAUUUGGACUCGGGUUUGUUUGUUAGUGACUACCUCAACCUCGGAGCAUUCAUAUGGUAUUCAGUUGAAUGUUUUUGAGUUUGAUCAAUUACUGAAGCAGAUUUGUUGUGCAGCUUUGAUUUAUCUUUUUCAAUUUCCGAUUUUGACUGUGACGGUGUUUGUGUGUUGUAAAUUAGUUGCUAUGUGAUCAGGAGUGUAUCUGGAAAGAAUUACUAAGAACGAAGAUAUAUUCUCUUGCCUGUGCAGCUAUAAUAAAUAAUUAAUGACAUCUGUUUGCGUUCGAUUGUCAUAUGGUGAUUCUUAAUUGUUGACAGGGUUUUGACUUGCUAAGUGUUUUGGUUUUUAUGUUCUAACUAUGCAAUUUAUGCUCCUAUGCUGCAGAGCCUAUUUAUGAUUGUAGGUGGAUAUCUUCUAACCCUGUCAGACAAAAUGUCUUCCUUGUUCUGAAGUUAUCCGUCUGCAAAAAUGGAACCUAAGAAAGUUAUAGCUAUAUGUAAGUCGCGGGGUAAUUCUGAAUUGGGGGAAGACAGCCUUUUGUCAUACAAUGGGGGGGAAGCCUAUGCAGUUGAUUUCGAUAGGCAAACUCAGUUGAGUGAUUUUAAGAAAGAAAUUGCUGAAACAUUUAGAUAUAGUGCUGAGGACAUGUCAAUCAAAGUACUUUCUCCCCGGAAAUAGAAAGGCACUUAUUACAAUAUCGAAACUCGAAAGACAAGGAUCUUCAGCGAAUGGUGAACUUUUAUGGGAACUUCGAUCAAGUUGAGGUGUUAAUCUUGACUGAGGAUUUUGCUGCCCGGAGCCUUUCAAAUGCCUACCAGUAGCAUUCAGUUGCUCAUAGGUUCACGAGAAGGAAAAAGGAUGAGCCCCUUGUUGCGUCUGGCAUGAGAUGAUAAAGAGAGAGCUUCGUCUAUCGAUGAACAACGGCUUGACGGAGCUCUUUUGCUAUUUUCUCGAAAUUUUGGUGUAUUUGGACUGUAUCAAGGUGCAAGUAACCAUGAAGAGCUUCACAAUUUAAAUAAAGCAACAGUGAUGAUUCGUAGACUCAAGAAGGACGUGCUGACUGAACUUCCUAUGAAGCGGAGACAACAGGUGUUCCUUGAUCUUUCAGAGAAAGAUAUGAGACAGAUAAACGCUUUGUUCCGCGAGCUGGAAGUGGUCAAGAUCAAAGUUAAAGCCAGCCAAUCCAAAGAGGAAGCCGAGUCUCUAAAGUUUACUGAGAAACAUCUAAUUAACAAGAUUUAUACCGACGCUGCAGAAGCGAAGAUCCCAGCAGUUUUGGAUUACUUAGGAACUGUCAUUGAGGCGGGCUGUAAGUUCUUAAUAUUUGCACAUCAUCAGCCAAUGAUUGAUGCAAUACACCAAUUUUUCCUGAAGAAAAAAGUUGGUUGCAUUCGCAUUGAUGGUGGAACACCAGCAGCAUCAAGGCAAGCGUUGGUUACAGAGUUUCAGGAAAAAGAUUCUAUUAGUGCAGCAGUGCUAUCAAUUAGAGCUGCAGGUGUUGGGUUAACCUUAACAGCUGCAAGUACCGUGAUAUUUGCGGAGCUGUCAUGGACUCCGGGGGACAUUAUUCAAGCUGAAGAUCGUGCUCAUAGGAUUGGGCAGGUUUCAGCAGUCAACAUAUAUUAUCUGCUAGCUAAUGACACAGUUGAUGACAUAAUAUGGGAUGUUCUCCAGAGCAAGCUGGAAAAUCUUGGACAGAUGCUUGAUGGAAAUGAGAAUUCGUUGGAGGUUUCUGCUAGCGAGUUAAAAAGCAGCCCUUCAAAGCAGGGACCAAAUUUCCCCUCAAGCAGCCCAGGAAAGCAGAAAACAUUAGACUCCUUUGUAAAACGGUGUAAUAACAUUCAAAAACACAAAGACGAGCCUAAUGCUAAGCAAGCUAGGCACUGUUAAAAUGAUCAGAUGCUUGUGGCGAAAGAUAUAUGGUGCACCCUUUGAAAUAUGACAUAUUCCUUAGAUUUA